AUGGCUCUUAAUUUGGAAGCUGGUCAAGUCGGUAUUGUGCUUUUCGGAUCUGACCGUCUUGUCAAGGAGGGAGAGACUGUCAAGAGAACCGGUUCUAUUGUCGAUGUUCCAGUUGGACCCGAGCUUUUGGGCCGUGUUGUUGAUGCUCUUGGUAACCCCAUUGAUGGUAAGGGACCUAUUGCUGCUAAGGAGAGAUACCGUGCUCAAUUGAAGGCUCCAGGUAUUUUGCCCCGUCGUUCGGUUCACGAGCCCAUGCAAACUGGUCUUAAGGCCGUCGAUGCUCUUGUGCCCAUUGGUCGUGGUCAGCGUGAGUUGAUUAUUGGAGAUCGUCAAACUGGUAAGACUGCUAUUGCCAUUGAUACCAUUCUUAACCAAAAGCCUCUUAAUGCUGGUUCUGAUGAGUCCAAGAAGUUGUACUGUGUUUACGUUGCUGUUGGUCAAAAGAGAUCGACUGUUGCUCAAUUGGCCCAAACUUUGGAAGCCAAUGACGCUCUUAAGUACUCUAUCAUUGUUGCUGCCACUGCUUCUGAGGCCGCUCCUUUGCAAUACAUUGCUCCCUUCACUGCUUGUGCCAUGGGUGAAUGGUUCAGAGACAAUGGUAAGCACGCUCUUAUCAUCUACGACGAUUUGUCCAAGCAAGCCGUUGCUUACAGACAAAUGUCUCUUUUGUUGAGACGUCCUCCUGGUCGUGAGGCUUAUCCUGGUGAUGUUUUCUACUUGCACUCUCGUUUGUUGGAGCGUGCUGCUAAGAUGUCUGAUAAGUUUGGAUCUGGUUCCUUGACUGCUUUGCCCGUCAUUGAGACCCAAGGUGGUGAUGUGUCUGCUUAUAUCCCUACCAACGUCAUUUCCAUUACUGACGGACAAAUCUUCUUGGAGGCCGAAUUGUUCUACAAGGGUAUUAGACCCGCUAUUAACGUCGGUCUGUCGGUUUCCCGUGUCGGAUCCGCUGCCCAAGUCAAGGCUGUUAAGCAAGUCGCCGGUUCCCUCAAGCUUUUCUUGGCUCAAUACCGUGAAGUCGCUGCUUUUGCCCAAUUCGGUUCUGAUUUGGAUGCCUCGACCAAGCAAACCUUGGCCCGUGGUGAGCGUUUGACCCAAUUGCUCACUCAAAAGCAAUACUCUCCCUUGUCUGCUGAAGAGCAAGCUCCUCUCAUCUUUGCCGGUGUUAACGGUUACCUCGAUAACAUCCCCGUCUCCGAGAUUGCCCGUUUCGAGACCGAGUUCCUCUCUCACCUCAAGACCAACGAGGCCGACCUCCUCUCCACCAUCUCCACCAAGGGUGAGUUCACCCCCGAGUUGCUCGAGAAGCUCAAGUCCGUCACUGCCUCGUUCGCCGGCUCUUUCAACUAA